AUGUUUGGGUCCCAAUCGGGCCUGAAGCAGCCGCUGUCCACCUCUCUCUGCGAAGACACUGGGGACGUGUUGAUCCGUUCCACAACAGCCAAUCUCCGGAUUCAGAAACACGAACCAGCGCCGCUCAAUAACACCAACCCACCAGUGCCUCCUCCGCCGGUCAAGGCAUCUCCUCACCCGGGUGAAGAAGAGCUGCAGACAAUUCGAUUGGCUGCUGGAGGUAGAGGGGCUGGGCUCGAGGCGCUCAGACAAAGGUGUCAUAGCGCCCCCCAGAGUAGACCUGUUAAAGUCACGCUGCUGGAGUCUCAUAGUGCACCAGGAGCACAGAACUACAACUCUCACAAUCCUCUGGGUCUGGACUCUGACUCUCAGAGUCUCCCACCAGGCCGUCAGUGUGACGUGGCAAAAGUGUCUGAGCUCACAGAGUCCGUCCAGAAACUACUGCAGAGAUACAGGGGCCAGAGUCUGACAGAGGAGGCUCUUCACAGACUGGAGACUCUGCACCAGCAGCAGCUCUUUCUCCAGAACCAGCUGCUGGACUCUGCUCUGAAGAUGGUGAUGAGGCCUGAGGCUCCGCCCACCUCUCACCUGAGCUCAGAACAUAAAUCCUCUGCUGCCGAGAUGUUUUCUCUUACUCCCUGUUACGGUGAUCGACCUACAAUCAGAUCAGACGGAGCCAAUCAGAGCUCAGGAGUGCCACAGGAGGCGGGGCAUCUGAGUGACAGGAGAUUGGGGAUGACGUUGCAAGAAGAACCAGAGGAACUUUCCAGAAAUGUCCCAGUGCCACAUCCACAGAACCCACCCAGACCUCUGCACUCCAAACCCCACAGAGCCCAAAGAAAAAGACCCCAGUCCAGGACCAGUCCAGCCAAAACAAAAAACCCCAAACCAUUGCAAGCAAACGGUGUCAGAGAAGCUUCGGAUCGAGACGCGUCCGCAGAACCACAGCUGAACCAUGAAAGCUACAUCCAGAAUAUAGAAAACCUGAUUCAGUGUCAUCAGGAGCAACUCAAAAAACAGCAGAACGAGACGAGGAAUGAGGAGAGAGGGGAAAAGCAGCAAGAGAAAGCAAAAUGUCAAGAUAAUCCUUCACAAUUCCGGACUAAAAAGACUGUAACUGACUUAAGGAACUAUGAGACAAAGGGUGAAGAAACUAAAAACGAGGUCUUGUCCAAAACUGCUCCGAGUCUGUAUAGUGGUCGGAUCAUGGAAGGACUGGGGGGUCUGGAGGGACUAGGUGCAGGUCUACAGGGGGACAGGCGUCUGCAGAGACCGGGUUCAGUUCUGGAUCAAGCCCGGCUGGUUCUGAAGAAGGUCCAGAGGCAGAGGAAAGUCCUCGAGGCAAACCUGGAGUCUCAGGUCAGGUCCAGAGCCGGAGACCUUCUGCACUGUCAGCUUGACGCACUCGCACAGAACAGAGAUUGUUCCAAAGAGGUCAGCAUCAAGAAGACUGUGGACUCCUGGAUCAGCGCUUUGUCCCGAGAAAACCAGGUUCAGGCUCAGAAGUCUCCAGUAAAACAGGUCUCUGCCAGUGCCAAACCCUCAGCCAAUAGGAGCACAGCAGACAAGAGCAAGCCCACACUCUCUGGACGAGUGCGAGCAAUGAGCAUGCUUCGAACUGCUACUAAACCCCCCGGAACCAGCGCACAACCGUCCCCAAACCUGGCCCCAGACUUGGCCCCAGACCUGGCCCAAGACCUGGCCCAAGACCUGACCCCAGACCCGGAGCUGUACCUGCGACGUCUCUAUGGUAAAGCGGUGUACGAGGGACAGAGGCGGAGUCUGAAGAAAGGCCCGUACCUGCGUCUGAGCUCACCUGACCCUGCCCCCCUCUGCAGCAGGUCACGCCCCCGCCUUGUGGAGACCGUCAGAGGAGUGAAGCUUAAGUCCUGCAAGACCCAGACCACCAUCCCUCUGGGACGCCCUCGUAUAGAGUCCUCCUACAGAGCCCUACAGGAAGUGACAUCACCUUCCAGAGCCUGCUCACAGCUGCAGCAGGAAGUGACAUCAAAGCACGAAUCGUUUCAAAGGGCAGUGACCUCAGCAGACGCAGUGGGAGAUGAGCGAGGGGCCCCAGAUGUAGCUGUGCCUGCAGUGGUGAUCAUCCAGUCCUCCCCCGUCCAACAGGAAGAGGCGGAGUUUCCCGGGACCAACUUCCUGUCGGUGGUGGAGCUGGAGCAGGUCUCUGAAGCUGCAGUCCUUCAGCUGGAGGGAGGUCCCAGUCCAGACCCAGUCCAGUACCAGGGUCCACAGUUCCCUCCACAGCCCCCAACCCCUGUCCCACGCUCAGCCCAGGAACAGAGCAUCGAUCUAGGGCUUAAUAUCCACAGAGACGCCCUGGAGCAGCGGCUGGUGCAAUGGGUGGAGCAGCAGCUGAUGUCCAGGCUCAUUGUGGAGAUAUCCUGCCCUCCUCUCACUGACCCCACCCACAAACCGUACAACCCAUCAGAGCCAGAGGAAAGGCCUGAUCCGGCCCAUAGACUGUCUCCUGUCCAAUCAGAGACCAGUGCUACUUUAGAUCACAGAGACCUGGAUGAAGACGCAGUUCGGGGCCUGGUGCUGGAGGUCUUGACUGAGGUUGUGGCCUCGUUCCUGGGAUCCAGAGAGUCCCAAGAGCCAGAGACCAGACCAAGAACUGAGCCUGGGUCUGGACCAGAGGAAGAACCAGAACCAACGGAGCCAAGCUGGUCUGAGCCACUGGAGCUGCUGCCAACGCCUCAGCCCACUCCUCUCCACACUCCGCCCCCUCAAACCCCGCCUCGCUCUCCUGUAGCUACGCCCAUACCCACACCGCCUUCUUCUGAUUGGCCUGAUGUUAAGGAAGACCAGCCUCCCGAGCCUCUACCCACGCCCCCGGCCACUCAGAGUCCCAAGCCGCCAUUUGUCCAGACUCAGGAAGAGCAAGAUGAGCUCAGCUCCUCCCCUCCUCCUGCUCCUCCUCCUGCCCCCUCCCCCCCCGCGCCUGCCCCUCCUUCUCCUCCAGACGCCUCCUCUUCCUCCUCGUGCUCCUCCUCCUCAGCGGUCAGUCACACGGCUCACAAACACAUCUCAGAGGGAGAGCUGCUGCUGAGCCACCUGCAGGCGCCAAACGAGGAAGGCGGCAGUUUCUCCAGUUCUCUUCAUGAGCUCCAGGAGAUGGACCCCGACCUGAGUGAGGGCCAGGUACGGAGCAGCAGCAUUUUACUGAGCUUCAUCACCAAGCUGCAGCAAAGAGAGCCCCGUCCCCAGCCUGAGGGCUUGUGGGGUCGGGGCAUAGAAGAGGACGAGGAAGAGAGCGCCGGCGAGAUCCGAGAUGGCGAGACGAAAGGCGAGACCAUGGAGGAACGGUCUCCAGGACAGGCCAGCUCCACCACAGGGGAACCUCUGGAGUGGACUAUUCACAGCGCUCUGUCAGAGGGGUUGCUGACCUCUGACCUCCUGCAGACCUCUCCCCUGGUUUCAGCCCCCGAAAAGAGACCAGACCAGAGGGUGGACCAGUGUGUAGACCAGAGGGUGGACCAGUGGGUAGACCAGAGGGUGGACCAGUGGGUGGACCAGAGGGUGGACCAGAGGAUGGACCAGAGGGUGGACCAGAGGAUGGACCAGAGGAUGGACCAGAGGAUGGACCAGAGGAUGGACCAGAGGAUGGACCAGAGGAUGGACCAGAGGAUGGACCAGAGGAUGGACCAGACCCCAGACCAGAGCCCAGACCAGAGCCCAGACCAAAGUCCUUCUCAAAGAAAAAGUGAAGAAGGCGUCUGGGGAGGGGCAGGUCCUGCUGUAGAGAAGAUGGACGUGUUUGUGCCUUUAGUCGAAGUAGCAGAGUCCGACUCCUCCAGCGACAUCUUCUAA